AUGGACGGCGUGUGGUUGAUAUCCUCCCUUUUCGUCUCCCUCUGGAUUCUUCCUCGCAAUGGCCCAAGGUCCUGGCGCAACUCUCGGCUCCUCCGUCCGUCCCCUUCCUUCCUGUCCAACAACGGCUCCAUCCUGAAGAAAAACUCGAUAAAGAAGAAAUCCCCGAGUUGCGCGCCCCAAAGGAGCAGCAGCAGGAUUCCUGUCCUGUGCCCCUUGCACCCUUGCUCAACCCGCCUGCUGCCGCCUUGCGGGUCCCUCACGAACCCCCCCGGUCUGGUCUCGCGGAAAGCGUUACAACUUCAGAGUCACUCCCUCCCAUUUGGCCGAACAGAUCGAGGCAUGGCAAGGGUAGGGUACCAAGUCACACCGCACCUCAUCGCAUGUUCUCGGUGCGAUGCGGGUAUGUCGGCGAAGGGUACCUGUAAGUUGGCCCUCCUCCUCACCGCGGAGCCACUCUUGAGCGACAAGAAGCGCGUUUAUCUUGUCUCUGAUGCGCGGAUGAAGUGGCCGAAACUGUGGAGAGAGAGAGUGAGUGAGAGAGGUGUGUGGGACGUGGUCCAAAAAAGGUGGGAUGAACAGACCCUGGACCGUCCAAAAAGAGACAAAGUGCUGAUCCAGGCAUGUCAUUGGCCCAGGGACGGAUGCGCGAAUGGCAGGCCACAGCGGUAG